AUGGCAGAGCCCACAGGCAGCAAAGGGCAGCAGCAGUACAAGCAGCGAGAACAGAACCACGAGACAAGCUCACAUAGUUUCGUCUCCAACAUCUGUCUGUUCCCAAUAGCGUGUGUGUAAUUCAGCAUCCAGGACUCCUUCAGAUCCUGCCCUGCAUCCACCUACGCCCAGUAUGUUAAAACAGAUUCAUCAAGUUAUCAGUUUUGGGGACCUGAUGGAAAUGUGGCUAUUGACUUGAUUGAUGGAAACCUAAACACAUACAGUGUCCACUUCCCCACGGCCGGCUGGUAUCUGUGGCCAGCCACGGGCGUGGCCUUUGGUGUCAGGACGGCGGUGACUGUGAAGAUUGCAUAUGCGUCUUGGAGGAAGCACCUGGCCCAGCAGCAGGAUGAGAGCUGGUUGACGGCAGGUCCCUUGUUUGACAUCAUAGUCGACCCUGAGGGGGCCAUAUCCAAAAUGCAUCUCCCCCACUUCAUCUCCCUCCAAUUAGAUGAGGUUGACAUCUCCUGGUUCCAAGUUGCCCAUUUUACGGAUGAAGGGAUGGUCCUGGAGCAGCCAGCCCAGGUGGAGCCUUUUUAUGCUGUCCUCGAAAACCCCACUUUCACUCUGAGGGGAAUGCUACUGAGGCUCUUCAGCGGGACCCAUCUCUCAGUCCCCAUCACCUCCACCACACUGUUGUAUUAUCACCUUCAUCCUGAAGACAUUAAAUUCCACGUGUACCUUAUACCCAGUGACUCCUUACUAACCAAGGCAAUAGAUGAAGAAGAAGCUAGGUUCCAUGGUGUGCGUCUGCAAACCUCACCCCCACUGGAGCCUCUGAACUUUGGUUCCCGUUACAUCCUGUCUGGUUCUGCACACCUGGAAAUAGUUAACCAGGAGUUGAAGUUAUCCUACAGGAGUCCUGAAGAGAUCCAGCCCUUCUCGAAAGUCUAUGCUGGACAGAUGAAGGAACCCAUCCAUCUAGAAAUUACUGACAAAAGACUUGGGAAUCUGGUCUGGGAGACUUUGGUGAAACCAGUGGAUCUCCACGUUGGUGAUGCAUUGGCCUCGCCCACUUUCUCAGGCGCAGCCUUUGUGAAGGAACACUACCGGCAACUGCAGGCCCGCAUGUGGUGCCUGGGCGGGGUGCUGGAUGACCUCCAGGACAGGGAGGUCCUCAGUGAGGAUGAGAAGGAACUGGUGGAGCAAGAGCAGACACGUCAGAAGAAGAACAAGACCUUGCUGAGUCUGGUGGAGAAGAAGGGGGACCAGGCCCUGGAGUUACUCUACUGGAGCCUCAGCACGAGGGACCCUUACCUCAUGUCCUACCUCAGGCAGGCAGGUUUGUCCCUGACACGCUGA